GCCAGUGCAAGACAUAAAAGAUGACACUAACCAGCUAAUGCCAAAGCUAACCCAAAAUAGGGCAGUUCGGAAAGGUAAUAACAGCGAAUACCAAAGGAGGUAAAGUGCUGGAAACUGGGUCUUGCUCAAAGUUCUGGAGCUGGAAAGUGACCAGAUCCCGUCUGCUAGUGCCAGUGUUGGGUCCUUGAGAAGGACAACUUGAUCAAUUCGCAGAAGUGUCGGGUUUUCCAGUAGCCUCAGAAAUAUGAGUGAGCUGUACAGCAAAACAGAGACCAUCAAACUCAGGAAAAAACACAUCGGGCCGUCCUGUAAAGUUUUCUUUGCCAAGGACCCCAUCAAGAUAGUUCGGGCUCAGGGGCAAUACAUGUUUGAUGAAAAUGGGGAACAAUACCUGGACUGCAUUAAUAAUGUUGCUCAUGUGGGACAUAGUCAUUCAGAAGUGAUUAAAGCUGCUGUGAAGCAGAUGGAACUGCUAAAUACAAAUUCUCGAUUCCUUCAUGACAGCAUUGUUGAGUACGCCAAACGCCUUUCCGACACUUUGCCAGAGAAACUAUCUGUUUGCUAUUUUGCUAAUUCAGGAUCUGAAGCCAAUGAUCUUGCCUUACGUCUUGCUAGGCAAUACAGAGAUCACCAAGAUGUGAUCACACUUGACCAUGCUUAUCAUGGUCAUCUUUCUUCCUUGAUUGAAAUCAGUCCAUAUAAAUUGAGAAAAGGCAAAGAUGUCAAGAAAGAAUUUGUGCAUAUUGCACCAACUCCAGAUAUCUACCGAGGAAAAUAUAGAGAGGACCACCCAGAUCCAGCUGGUGCUUAUGCAGAUGAGGUGAAGAAAAUUAUUGAAGAAGCCCAGAAAUGUGGGCGGAAGAUUGCUGCUUUUAUUGCCGAGUCCAUGCAGAGCUGUGGAGGCCAAGUCAUUCCACCAGCAGGCUACUUCCAGAAAGUGGCAGAAUAUGUCCACAAAGCAGGAGGUGUAGUUAUAGCUGAUGAAGUUCAAGUUGGUUUUGGUCGAAUUGGGAAACAUUUUUGGAGCUUCCAAAUGCAUGGUGAAAACUUUGUGCCAGACAUUGUUACCAUGGGUAAACCGAUGGGCAAUGGACAUCCAAUGUCUUGUGUUGUAACGACACAAGAAAUUGCAGAAGCCUUCAGUGCUUCUGGAAUGGAGUAUUUUAACACGUAUGGAGGAAAUCCAGUGUCCUGUGCUGUUGGCUUGGCUGUCCUAGAUGUAAUUGAAAAGGAAGACCUCCAAGGAAAUGCCACACGGGUUGGAAAUUACCUAAUUGAAUUACUGAAUAAGCAAAAAGCAAAACAUUCAUUGAUCGGGGAUGUCAGGGGUAUUGGUUUUUUUAUUGGAAUUGACUUAGUGAAGAAUCAACAGAAAAGGACUCCUGCCACUGCUGAAGCACAACAUAUCAUCUAUAAGAUGAAGGAACAGAGAAUACUUCUCAGUGCUGAUGGUCCCCAUAGGAAUGUUCUUAAACUAAAACCACCAAUGUGCUUCACAAAGGACAAUGCUAAGUUUAUGGUGGAACAACUGGAUAAAAUUCUAACAGCUUUAGAAGAAGCCACAGGAACCAGGACUGAAAGACUUAAUGAAACAAGUUCAGACAGUGCCAAUGACAGUGCCAGUCAGUCUGAAAAUACCAAUAAAAAGAGAAACGGAUAUUAUGCAGAAAAACACACAGUGACUGGAAAAAGGAUCAAGACAUGAGGCUUGUGGCUA